AUGGACCCUCGGGGGAAGAGGCACGAGCGGGGCAGUAACUGGACUGACCAAGAAAUCGUGGAGCUUCUCCAGCUGUGGUCCGACGAGUCCGUACAGAUUGAACUGGAAAGCUCGUUGCGCAACCAGCGUGUGUUUGACCGCAUCGCGCUUAUAUUGCGCGACAAGGGUAUCUACCGCACAGGUGACCAAUGCAGGGAGAAGAUUAAGAAGAUGAAGCUGGAAUACCGUCGCACUAAAGACAACCAAAAACUGAGAUCUUGGAAAUUUUAUGACGUGAUGGAUCGUGUCUUGGCUAACCGACCAAAUAGUAUAACAUACUCCACUCUGGGUGCAACAGCUGUAGCUCAACAAGUGUUUCAGAGCCCAGGAGGACAUGACUCGUUUUUGCAGGGGAACUCCUCAUUAGGCUCAUUUGGGCCAGCUUCUGCAGGUGGGUUUCUGUUUGGUCAGCCCCCCCAGACUGGAGAGCCACUGGAUGUAAAAAGUGAGGAUGUUGAGGAAAGUCUGUUUAACACCGAUGUUGCCCGACUGGACAUGUAUUCCAGAUCAGGAGAUGAACACGAAACAGAUGGACAAGCUUUACUGGGAGCAGAGGACACACUCGAUCAAGGAGACAGUUCUGCUCAUUCAAGAAAUUCACCCACAGGUUUAACUGACCUGAAAAUGCCUGCAUCUGGUUCGAAGUCAAGCAGUGUUCCUGUACCACAUGACACAUCUAAAGAGGGCUUUCAUCCUCUAGCUGCGGUAAAACAGAGGAGGCGUCGCAAAGCAGGCAAAACCGCAUGCGGCCAUGGAAGUGGGAAGUGUGGCAGCACUGGACCCCUUGACAAAGCUCUCACCAGCUUCCUCAUGUGGCAGCAAUGUGCUGAAGAUCGCCUCAUCCGCCUGGAGGAGGCACGGCUAGAGAAGGAGUUGCAAGCUGAUGAGCGGCGACAGCAACAAGAAGAUAGAAGAGUGGAACAGGACCGUCAGCACGAGCUGCGCCUGUUCAGCAUGCUUACUGGGGCGUUAACUGCGGUUAGGCAGGGUGCUGCGACCACAGAAACAGCACCGAAUAACACCCUCGUUUCCUUGCUAGAUCAUCAGUCAGCUUUUCUGAUGACAUCAACUGCCUCCUCUGCUCCAUCCACCUCUCAGCCACUUCCUCAGUCUCCCUCUGCACACACAAUUUCCACAAAGCGGACAAUAAAGUCUGAGGUGCACCCAUCAGUCAAGGCCUGCACAACAACUGAGAGUGCUUUGGUAACUGUGAGAGGUGCAAAGUCUCCUGAGCACAGCGGGUACCUGUCUAACCGUGGUAACAGUAUUCGACAGCAUCAAGCCAUCCUCCAGGAAGGCUUUACACAGUAUGGAAGAAACAGAUAUGAUGUAGAAAACCCUGAUGGAAUCAUCAACAUGGGCACAAGCGAGAACAAGCUCUGUUAUGAUCUUCUUUUUAAAAGGUUGACUAGAUCUGACAUGCUACAUAUUGACCCAGCAUUUUUGCAGUAUGGUGACUGGAGGGGACAUGCAUUCCUAAGAGAAGAGGUUGCCAAGUUUCUUACCCACUACUGCUGUUCUCCAAAGCCAUUGAAAGCUGACAGUGUUGUGGUGAUGAAUGGAUGCAGUGCCCUCUUUUCAAGCAUUGCAGCAGUUAUUUGUGACCCCAAAGAUGCCAUUCUUAUUCCCAGCCCUUUUUAUGGUGUUAUUACUGAGGACCUGCAGCUGUAUAGUGAUGUCAAGUUGUUUCAUGUCCCUCUUGACUGUCAGAAUGAUGACAAUGAUGGUCGACUUUUUCACCUCACUAUCAGCAAACUGGAGAAAGGUUUACAAAAGGCUAAAACAGAGGGGGUGAAUAUUCAAGCUAUUAUACUGAUGAAUCCCCACAAUCCUCUUGCUGAGAUCUACACCCGAAAGGAGAUGCUUUCCUUCUUGGAGUUUGCCAAAAGAAAUGAGCUCCACGCCAUUGUAGAUGAAGUGUACAUGCUGACGGUGUUUGAUGAAUCGGUACCAUUUCACAGUGUCCUCAGUCUGGAAAGUUUGCCCGACCCUCAGAGGACACAUAUAAUGUGGGGACUGAGCAAGGACUUUGCAAUGGCUGGAAUCAGAUUAGGCACUCUGUAUACUGAGAACCAAUCCCUUGUGGAGGCUUUAGCCCAAUUGGGCUCAUUGCAUGGUGUAUCAGGGACAACUCAGCACCAGGUUGCAAAACUUCUUCAGGACAGAGAGUGGAUAAGCAAGGAGUUUUUGCCUGUGAACAGACGGCGAUUAAAAGCUGCUCAUCACUACCUGACAGAAGAGUUGCAGACAAUGGACAUUGGCUACCUGGACAGGCCUGCUACUUUGUAUGUCUGGGCUGACUUCAGGAAGUUCCUCAGCACCCCAUCAUUUGAGGAGGAGUUGUUCAUGUGGCGGUGCUUCCUCAAACACAAAGUGGUAUUGAGCUGUGGACAAGCCUUCUCCUGCUCUACACCAGGCUGGUUUCGCAUCGUAUUCGCCGACCAACAUCACCACCUCCAACUUGGACUUAAAAGAAUUAGAGAGGCGCUAAAGGAAAUCAAAGAAAGCAGUGCCAACAGGGAUUCCUUCUUUUUCAAAGAAGCCAGUGAGGAAGUUAAGAGUCCAGAAGAAGAGGACAGUACAAUUUCAGACAAUGCCACUAUGGAAAAAUCAACAACAUCCCCACAAAGCAAGUCAUCUGACCAACUGAAAGAGAACGCAAGUUCUGUUCUUGUCACAAGCUCACAGGCCCCUGAUGAGUUUGUGUUGUUGGACUGCCAAGCUUCUAAGCCUGCAGAGAGCCUAGGCUCUCUUAUUGGUACACUUAAGCAUCAAAUCCGCUCCUCUGAUUGGCUGGAAAAGAACACGCCAAAGCGGUCUGCAGGGGAGGACCCAGAGAUUCUUGAUGUGUUUAAAGCUCUGUUGGAACGAGCCAGAAAGUAA